AUGUCUGCACCAAUCAGGGAUCUGUUCUCCCACCUUACGAGCCCAAACACAGCCUCUGCCCCUAAACAAACGUCUACUCCUCUUGCCCCAGCACCUCCACCACCUCAAGAGCCUACAGUCCGCUUUGCGUUCACCACAGAGACGGUACAAGCACAUCCUGGGUAUCCAUGGGCCGUUCCACCAUAUGCGGGCAAGACACCUGCCGGGGUAAAUAAUAUGCAGGCUCCAUCGAGGAACGGAGGAAAGACAUGGGACAGCGACACUGAAUCAAAUGCAAAUUCGGGUCUGCAAUCAGGGGUCGCUGGGCAGAGGGGUUCGACUGGUGGAUUUGGAGAGCAAGGGAAGAGGAUCGCGAUUAAGGGCCAGAAGGUUGCGCCGAAGUUGGAGAAGAGGGCUUUGAGUACUUGGGCGUCGGAGAAAUUCAAGAUUGUGGCAUGA